AUGUCAACAUCACGCCAAGUUCCGUCCACGGCACCUAAGGAGCAUUCCGUCAACAGGGACUUUGCUGGCCUGCUUGAUGAUCCCGCCCGCAUGACGGUGGCGAUCACGAGGGCAAAACGUAAAUUGAUUCUAAUUUCCUGCUGUCUUGACCGCGAUGAUGAAUUAGUGGCGACCACAAACAAUUCUGUCCCAGGUGCUCCGAGCGCCGGGUUGAGGCGAAUGAUAAACCUUCUUCUUGGACAAGCGACCUGCAUUUCGGUCCCUGAAGCUGCGAUGGACGAUUUCAAUAAAGCUGUACAUAUUGCUUAG